GAAGGGCACGUUUGGAGCUCGAUUUAUCUGUGCGGAGCGCCGAGUGGGGAAAUUUACCGAAAUUGGUUUCACCUGCACACCGCCCGGCGGCUGCGAGUGCGCGUCUCCGGAGUUGAUGCUGUCGUGGGGGAGGGGAGGGGAGGGGAGGGGAGCGGAGGGGAGCGGAGCGGGGCCGAGCGGGGCCGAGCGGGGCCCAGGCUGCCCUGCGUGCGCCCCGGCCGACCGGGUUUUGGAAGGUUCAGUCUUACACCUUCCAAACCCCUCCGCCCCCACCUCCCACCCUCCGCGCUCCCCGCUCACCUUCCCCGCCCCUCCCCCCCCCAAUUGUGCAGGGAGCUCAGAUUUCGCCUUUGAAAAAGCAGCGUCUGAUACUUUAGAUGAGCACCUCGCAGAUAGCUGGGUUGCUUGAUUUGAAUUUGAGGAGUUGAAAAGCCUGUUUACUUUCUUGCUUUGAUGUUGGGUAGAUCUGGUUUUGAUUAGAUCAAUACCCCUUUCUCUCUCCCUGCCUCCCCCCUUCCUUUUCUUUCCAGAAAGGAGGCUCAGAUGAGCCCCUGCUGACUUGAGAGAGAAAGAGAGACCACGCUGAUUGCUGAGAGGAACUGGGGGAAGGGAACAAACAAACUCCGUCGCGAAGAACUCCCUCACCAUGAGCAGUGCUGUGUUGGUGACUUGCCUCCCAGACCCCAGCAGCAGCUUCCACGAGGAUGCCCCCCGACCCCCGGUUCCGGGGGAGGAAGGGGAGACCCCGCCGUGCCAGCCCGGGCUAGGAAAGGGCCAGGUCACCAAACCCAUGCCCGUGUCCUCCAACGCCAGGCGCAAUGAGGAUGGGUUGGGGGAGCCUGAGGGGCGGGCGUCCCCGGAUUCCCCUCUGACCCGGUGGACCAAGUCCUUGCACUCCUUGUUGGGCGAUCAAGAUGGUGCUUAUCUCUUCCGCACUUUCCUGGAGAGGGACAAAUGCGUGGAUACCUUAGACUUCUGGUUUGCCUGCAACGGAUUCAGGCAGAUGAACCUGAAGGAUACCAAAACUUUACGAGUAGCCAAAGCGAUCUACAAAAGGUACAUCGAGAACAACAGCAUUGUCUCCAAGCAGCUGAAGCCUGCCACCAAAACCUACAUAAGAGAUGGCAUCAAGAAGCAGCAGAUUGAUUCCAUCAUGUUUGACCAGGCACAGACUGAGAUCCAGUCGGUGAUGGAAGAAAAUGCCUACCAGAUGUUUUUGACUUCUGAUAUAUACCUCGAAUAUGUGAGGAGUGGGGGAGAAAACACAGCUUACAUGAGUAACGGGGGACUGGGCAGCCUCAAGGUCGUGUGUGGCUAUCUCCCCACCUUGAAUGAGGAAGAGGAGUGGGCUUGUGCGGACUUCAAGUGCAAACUGUCACCCACCGUGGUUGGCCUGUCCAGCAAAACCCUGAGGGCGACGGCGAAUGUGAGGUCCACGGAGACUGUCGAAAAUGGAUACAGGUCCUUCAAGAGGAGCGAUCCCGUUAAUCCAUACCACGUAGGUUCUGGCUAUGUCUUCGCGCCAGCUACCAGCGCCAAUGAUAGUGAGAUCUCCAGCGAUGCGCUGACGGAUGACUCCAUGUCCAUGACGGACAGCAGCGUAGAUGGAAUCCCUCCUUACCGUGUGGGGAGUAAGAAACAGCUCCAGAGAGAAAUGCAUCGCAGUGUGAAGGCCAAUGGCCAAGUGUCUCUACCUCAUUUCCCGAGAACCCACCGCCUGCCCAAGGAGAUGACCCCCGUGGAGCCCGCCACCUUCGCGGCCGAGCUCAUCUCCAGGCUGGAGAAGCUGAAGCUGGAGCUGGAGAGCCGCCACAGCCUGGAGGAGCGCCUGCAGCAGAUCCGAGAGGAUGAAGAGAAGGAGGCCUCUGAGCUAGCGCUGAGCUCCAGGGAGGGGGGGCCCACCCCGCACCCCCUCUCCCUCCUGCCCUCCGGCAGCUAUGAGGAGGACCCGCAGACCAUUCUGGACGACCACCUGUCCAGGGUCCUCAAGACCCCGGGCUGCCAGUCGCCGGGUGUGGGCCGCUACAGCCCCCGCUCCCGUUCCCCCGACCACCACCACCACCACCAGCAGUACCACCCCCUGCUCCCGCCCGGGGGCAAGUUGCCCCCCGUGGCAGCCUCGCAGGCCGGUUGCCCCCUCCUUGGAGCCAAAGGCUUCGUGACCAAGCAGACGACGAAGCAUGUCCACCACCACUACAUCCACCACCACGCCCUCCCCAAGACCAAGGAGGAGAUCGAGGCAGAGGCGGCACAGAGGGUGCGCUGCUUCUGCCCCGGGGGCACCGAGUAUUACUGCUACUCAAAGUGUAGGAGCCACCCCAAGGCUCUGGAGCCCGUGCAGGCGGAGCAGUUCAGCAGCAGCAGAGGCAGUACCCUGCCCAAACGAAAUGGGAAAAGCGUGGAGCCGGGCCUGGCCCUGCCCGCCAGGGAAGGAGGGGCCCCAGGCGGAGCUGGGGUCCUGCAACUUCCCGGGGAGGAAGGAGACAGGUCGCAGGAUGUCUGGCAGUGGAUGCUGGAGAGUGAGCGGCAAAGCAAGCCCAAGCCCCCUAGUGCCCAAAGCACAAAGAAGGCUUACCCCUUGGAGUCGGCCCGUGCGUCCCCAGCCGAGCGAGCUGGCCGGCACCACCUGCUGGGGGGUAGCAACGGGCACCCCCGUGCCGCCCCCCGAGCCCACCCGUUCACCCAGGACCCCGCCAUGCCUCCCCUGACUCCGCCCAACACGCUGGCACAGCUGGAGGAGGCCUGCCGCCGGCUGGCCGAGGUGUCCAAGCCCCCAAAGCAGCGGUGCUGUGCAGCCAGUCAGCAGAGGGACAGGAACCACUCGGCCACUGGUCAGACAGGAGCCACGCCCUUCUCCAACCCAGGCCUGGCUUCAGAAGAUCACAAAGAGCCAAAGAAGCUGGCGGGGGUCCACGCGCUCCAGGCCAGCGAGUUGGUCGUCACAUACUUUUUCUGUGGAGAAGAAAUUCCAUACAGGAGGAUGCUGAAGGCUCAGAGCUUGACCCUGGGCCACUUUAAAGAGCAGCUCAGCAAAAAGGGAAAUUAUAGGUAUUACUUCAAGAAAGCAAGCGACGAGUUUGCCUGCGGAGCGGUGUUUGAGGAGAUCUGGGACGAUGAGGCGGUGCUCCCCAUGUACGAAGGCAGGAUUCUGGGGAAGGUGGAGAGGAUCGACUGAGCCUCGGGGGUCGGGCCCCGGCGGACACGGGGCCACCAGCCUGGGCCAUGACCGACCGCGACAAGACCUUUUGAAGGAAGACGAAACCAAUGAAGAAGACAGUCUAGGGAAGACUUGGCCACUGGCCACGCGGGGAGGGCGGGGAGGGGGGAGGUUGGUUUUCAUUAUUCACGAGCUGGGUACUGAGAUAAGAAAAGCCUGAACUAUUUAUUAAAAACAUGACCACUCUUGGCUAUUGAUGAUGCUGACUGUAUUUGAGAGACUGCCAUACAUAAUAUAUGACUGCCUAGGGAUCUGAAAUCCAUAAACUAAGAGAAACUGUGUAUAGCUUACCUGAACAGGAGUCCUUACUGCUAUUUAUUGAACAAUUGAUUCCCCCCAGCCCCCAGUUUAUGGAUAUGCUGCUUUAAACACGGAAGGGGGAGAGGAGGGGAAGUUUUAAUUGUCCUAUCUAUCCCAACUUGGGAGUGGAGCGAGGGGCGCGUUAAUGAUUUCUUCGUUAAGAGGGGAAUUAUUAUGCUUGGCCCUGCAUUUCUCCGCGUGAGGAUAGACUUGUUUAAAUGGUGCCCUACCAUUAACACGCAGAAAUUGGUGCAUUUUUUUUUUCCCUAUGCUGCUCUGUUUUGUCUUAAAGGUCUUGAGGAUUGAUUUAUGUUGCAACAUCACCGCCAUUUGGGGCCAUCGUGUGGGAUUGGACCCAUCGUGAGGGGGGGAGGGGGGGAAGCCUCGUUUGGAGGACCCCAGAUUAACUCAGUAACUUCUCUUAACUCCCCACCAAGGCCCAGCGCCCAGUGCCUGAGGCCCCCUAGAACCUUCUGGUUCAACUCGUGCUUGUAUCGAAACAACAGUUCCUUGGAGUGUUGGUUGGUUGAUUUCAUUUUUAAAUUAGUCUUUGGACCACCACCAUUCUGGAAACCACCACCACCCCCUUGCCCUGCAAAGAAGCGGACAGUUGUGGGAAGACCUAGCAGCACCCUUUCCUCCAGACACCUUCAUUUUGACGUUCGGGUUUUUGUGUUAAGUUAAUCUGUACAUUCUGUUUGCCAUUGUUACCUGUACUAUACGUCUGUAUAUAUUGUACGACAGAAGAGUAUUAAUCCACUAUCUCUAGUGCUUGACUUGAAAUCAGUACAGUACCUGUACCUGCACGGCGCCCCGCUCCGUGUGUCGCCCUAUAUUGAGGGCUCCAACUUUCCCUUGUUUUUUGAAAGGGGUUUAUGUAUAAAUAUAUUUUAUGCCUUUUUAUUACAAGUCUUGUACUCAAUGACUUUUGCCAUGGCAUUUUGUUCUACUUAUACUGUAAAUUAUGCAUUAUAAAGAGUUCAUUUAAGGAAAAUUACUUGGUACAAUAAUUAUUGUAAUUAAGAGAUGUAGCCUUUAUUAAAAUUUUAUAUUUUUCAAAA